UGAAAAAAUAAAUAUUCAAAAACAAAAGCGAAGCGGGAAACAUUUUCCCCAUAAAAACAAAAUUCUCAUUUCUCAGCACCAGAAGAAACCUCUAAACAAAAAUUCAUGGCGAGAAUCAAACAACCGGCCCGAAAAGGCCCUCGCAAGAAAUCCUCCGGAGAUAAUCCUUCAGCUUCAACUCAUCAGCCUCAGUCGACUGGAAGAAGAAGAAGCCCAGGCACAACUGCUACACCAUCUAGGAGUGAUGAAAAAGCACAGAAAAAGCGGCGCAAUAAGCCGGGGACUGUGGCUUUACGAGAGAUUCGGAAAUAUCAGAAGUCCUGGAACCUUCUAAUUCCUGCUGCUCCAUUCAUUAGAACUGUGAGAGAGAUUAGCUUCGCCUAUGCCCCAAACAUUACACGAUGGCAAGCAGAAGCCUUAGUUGCCCUUCAGGAGGCUGCUGAGGAUUACAUAGUCGAGUUGUUUGGAGAGGCAAUGCUGUGUGCUAUUCAUGCAAAGCGCGUGACCCUGAUGAAAAAGGAUUUCGAGCUGGCCCGGAGAAUUGGCGGGAAAGGGCGGCCUUGGGGGUGAACGAGACCGUUGCACUGACAUUUACAAUGCAACAAGGCUGUCUCGAUUCGGGUGACUAACUUUUGCCCCUUUUUAAUUCAUUACAUAGUAAGCAUCAAACCUUGUAACUCAAACUCCUUAUUACCUCAACUGCAUUAACUUCUGUAAUUGUGUCCGAAUUGUUCCUUUUUAACACCCCCCCCCCCCCACCCCCACCCUGCUGAAUUUAUGGUUUAUUGCAACCAUUAAUUAUAUAAUAUCAUUCAUAAGAGCAAUGAGCAAAUGGGAAAAGAGACUCUCCACCUUGUCGGCAGUUAGUCUCUUCUCAACUCAUUUUCUUCACCAAACCACAAUUAAACACUGUCCA